GCCUCGGCUCCCAAUCUUCGCUCACGUUUUUUUCGAAUCUUUACCAACAUAAUGGCAACAUUAACAUUACCGAAGGUGAGCUGAAAGUCUGUGGCAGAGGCUGAUCUGAAUCUGAUGUAUCCUGAACGGUUAAACAUACUUGUGGAGUAGGAUUAUGUCCCAGGCAGAGACGAUACAUUGAUUCAUAUCUGAAGACUCGUGCGCGCAAUUGAGCAUGCGCAGAUGCACUCCCCUCAAAACCGUCACAGCUUUGUUUCUAGGCACUUACUCGAAACACAACACUGAAAACUGCUGCUAAAGCGGCGCACAGAUUUCAACAUAUUGAACACACUGCACCAUGGACGAUUACAUGAUUUUGGAUGCAAUGUGCCCCGGAUGCUUUGGGACAGUUCUAUUUGUGAAGAAAAAAAAGUCUGAUCUGGAGUUUACACUAAAGAAGGUUGAGUGUUUGGAUGAAGGCAGAGCCAACCAAGCAUACCAGGAGGCUCAUUGUCUGCUGAAUGUGAGACAUCCCAACAUCGUCACGUAUAAGAAGUUAUUCAUUUUUUGGGAUGAAAGUGUAUCUUCUGUCUUUCUUUCAAUGGUAAUGGACUGCCCAUACAUGACCACCCUGUCCACUGUGGUAACUUAUCACAGAGAGGAGGAAAAGAAGAUCACCAAAAAGGUCAUCAAGACAUUUUUGGGACAAAUGGUGGAUGCUUUGGCCUACUUGCACAAACGGAGUAUUGCACACAGGAAUUUGAAGCCAUCAAAUAUUCUGAUGACAAAAGAGGCCAAGUUUGUCAUAUUUGAUUUUGGAACUGCCUCCAUCACAGGAGAUCGAGUAAAGCUACAGAAAAGAGUAAAGGACUGUGCCAAACGAUGGAUGGCUCCAGAGAGCCUGACCCAUCAUCAGUCGACUGAGAAGUCCGACAUUUGGUCCCUGGGGUGUGUCCUUCUCGACAUGCUGACCUGUCACAUGCUUGAUGCGGAGGGAUCUAUCUCUCAGCUGCUGAGGAUCAGAGAGGACCAGACACCACUGGACGUCAUUGUCCUCAAGGGCCUCCACCAAGUCCUCACUAUGAUGUUGGACCGCAACCCAAAGACCAGGACCAGCGUGUGGGAACUGUUGAAUGAGGAUCUGGUGAAGCAGUGUCUGCUGUUGUGUGGAUCCCCUCUACACACCAUGAAGAAAACACUGCCCCCUGGUGUCCAUGGGCCACCAUUCCACCAAGGCUUUGACAGUGUUCUAGAGUUCAUGCAGACCUACAGAGAUGUGGAAUCUGUCCAGAUGUCAGCUCUGUCAUACCUGCUGUCUGAGGAGAAGAACGUAUUCUACAGGGUAACUGACGUUGUUAUGGCCGUCACCACUGCCAUGCAAAGUCACAUGGAAUGUGCAGGUGUUCAGCAAAAUGCUUGCCAGGUUCUACAACAGCGUUUAAUUGCAGUUCUGGGCCAAGCUGGGGAUGGCUCCUGUUUGCGUACCAAGGAAGUGAUCACCUGUGUCCUGAACGCUGUGCACAGUCACCCUGAGCAAACACCGCUGCUCUCUCAUGCCUUUCAGCUUCUCUUCUGUAUCUCCGGGGAUGAGCAGGCAGCCAGAGAAGUGCUGUACCUGGACGGUAUCAGAGAGGUGCUGAACACACUGAGGAAGUUUCCAGAGGAUCAUAACAUCGUCGUGCCCUGUUGCAAAUGCUUAUGGAGCAUAUUGGCACAAAGACUUUGCCUUGGAGUUGUACCUUUAAAAGAUGCUGUGGAGGCUGUAUGUGUGGCAGCAGAGGCACACAUGCAGGACAGCACGGUGAUGGAGUUUGUAUGUGCAGCCCUGUGGUCCCUGACCCUACAAGGUUUAUCUGAAGACCAGGACAUUGAGGAUUCCACCCUUCUGUUGAUGCACGCACUCCAAGCACAUUUAAGGCAUAGCCAUGUGGUGAAGUAUGCAUUUCUUGCUCUGGACAGUCUUGUCAAAAGCUCAGAGUUGGCUGCUUUCAGGCUUCUCCUCGCCCCCAAUGGAGGAAGUGGAUUAGUUAUUCUCAAGGAAGCAAAACUCCAACACCAUGACAACCCAGAGAUCGUAGGGAACUUCUGUAGCCUCCUCAGUGCGAUGGCCCAAUAUGGUGAUGUCAUACCCGAGUUAGUUGCUGAGAAGAUACCAGAUGUCUUGGAGCAGAUUGAGAGGCAGUUUGCAUCAAAUAAGGAGAUAGCUCAAUUGGCAAAACAUGCCCGCCACAGCACAACAAGCUUUGGAAGAGUCAACAUGACAAGCUCAACAUAAUUCAAAGUGUCACGUUGUAUUUCAUGGAUUGCUAUAGUGACAGUCAAAAUUGUGGUUAUUUCAGUCGUUUGUUUUUAUUAUUAGCUGUACUUGUUGCUAUACUGUAAAGGCCUACAUGUCAAAAGA